AUGCUACGGGUUGUUUUCAGGAUUGCUGCAUCCACGGCAUUCAAUGUGAUACUCCCAGCAUUGGCUGCAUCUUGCAGUUCCCAGGCAGAAGCACUGGUAGGGCAGUGGACAGUCGUGACGAGCCAGUCAAACCCAGACUGCGGCCAGACUUAUACUGUUGGCGGCAAUUCGAACACCUACGUCCUCACCAAUUGCUCUGAGGCGGCCACUUUCAACACACAACUUCUCAGCGCAACCUGUGAGCCAGGAGUCUCUGGAGGGCUUUCUGGCAUGUUCUCAGAGGAGGACGACGGUGGCGGCACCUGGGACACCACGUACAUCUAUUGCAACUACUGA